AUGGAUCAAAUGGAAAAACAAACGAGUCCCUUUCUUGUUCGCCACAUUUGCGCUGAUUAUAAAAACAUUUUCAAAUCAAGUCCAUCGACAAUAGGGUCAUGUAUAAAACGUUGCAAAGCACCACAUUCAAACCAUUAUUUCAGAGCUCCAAUAUUGGACGGCCCAGUCAAAUCGAAACCCAUUUCCGCGAUUAAUAUGCUCUCAGCUUCAUCCGGUUCUGAUAGCUCGGACUUUUGA